CUUUCGUCUUUACUCUUCGUAAAAUAUCUAUUCCAAAACGAUGUCCUCCCUUUUCUUGAAGAACUUGACUGCUGCUGCUGUCCGCCCCUCCAUUGCUAAGAAGCAAGCAUUGAACCGUGUCAUCCUUCCUUCUUUGGCUUCUAGAUUCCUCACUACAGCUGCCACUCAAGCUGCCUGUCACGACGAUGAACCUUCUUUCUUGCAAUCCGUCGAAAAGUACUAUGAUGCUGCUGCCCAAAUCAGCGAAGUUAAGCCUCACACUCUUGCUCAUCUUCGUGCUGUUGACAGCGUCCUCCGUGUUACUUUCCCCAUCGAAAAGGAAAACGGUGAAUAUGAAGUCAUUGAAGGUUAUCGUGCUCAACAUUCUCGCCACCGUUUGCCUGUUAAGGGUGGUAUCCGUUUCUCUGAAGAAGUUGAUUUGCAAGAAGUUGAAGCUUUGGCUUCCCUUAUGACUUACAAGUGUGCCGUUGUCGAUGUUCCUUUCGGUGGUGCUAAGGGUGGUAUCAAAAUCGAUCCCAAGAAGUAUACUCCUGACCAAUUAGAAAGAAUCACUCGUCGUUACACUAUGGAACUCUGCCAAAAGAAAUUCAUUGGCCCCGGUAUUGAUGUCCCCGCUCCUGAUGUAGGAACUGGUCCCAGAGAAAUGGCUUGGAUCAUGGAUACUUACUCUCAAUUCAACGUCGGUGAGGUUAAUGCCGCCGGUUGUGUUACUGGUAAGCCUUUGUCUUUGGGUGGUGUUCGUGGUCGUAACGAAGCCACUGGUUUGGGUGUUUACUACGGUAUUCGUGAAUUUAUCAGCUACCCCGAGGUUCAACAAAAGACCGGUGUCAGUGGCGAUAUGAGCAAGAACACCGUUGUCGUUCAAGGUUUCGGUAACGUCGGUUACUUCGCCGCCAAGUUCUUCGAAGAAAACGGUGCCAAGAUUGUCGGUAUUGGUGAAAGAGACUGCAGCAUCUAUGAUCCUAAUGGUCUCAAUGUCGAAGAACUUCACAAGUACUACAGAGCCAACGGUACCUUCAAAGGUUACUCCAGCACCGCUCAAAUCCUCGAAAACUCUAGCCAAAUUCUCGAAACUGAAUGUGAUAUCCUUAUUCCCGCUGCUCUUGAACGUCAAAUCGGUCUUCGUAACGUUAACAACGUCAAGGCUAAGAUCAUUGGUGAAGGUGCCAACGGUCCUGUCACUCCUGCCGCUCAUGACAUUCUCGAAAAGUCUGGUAAGGUCGUCGUUCCUGACUUGCUCUUGAACGCUGGUGGUGUCACCGUUUCCUACUUCGAAUGGCUCAAGAACUUGUCACACGUCCGUUUCGGUCGUAUGAACAAGAAGUGGGACGAACGUGCUCGUGCCAAGGUUGUUGCCCUUGUUGAAAAGAACGCUGGUCGUCCUUUAACUGAAGCUGAACGUAAGGCUAUUGUCCACGGUGCCGAAGAAGCUGACUUGGUUUACUCCGGUCUCGAAGAUACCAUGAUUCAAGCCUGUCAAGAAACUAGACAAACUGCCGAAUUAAAGAAGGUUGACUUCCGUUCUGCUGCCUACAUCAAUGCUAUUCAAAAGAUUGCUGCUGUCUAUGAAGGUUCUGGUAUGCUCUUCAUGCACUAG